AUGCUGAAAUUCCUGAUUCUUACUGUAUUUUUCGUUGAUUAUUUUAACGCUGAGCAAUGUAUGGAUGAAUUAUUUACUUGUACGGAUAUGGUGGAUUUGUGUAGUGAGCCGAAUAUUAAAAAUGAAUGCCCUCUAACCUGCGGAUUGUGUAUCCUGGACCCCAAUAUCUGUGCUGACCGUAAUCCGGAUUGUCCAACGUUCAGUUUUAUGUGUUAUAAAUAUGAAAAUACCCCCAAGGACUACUGUACUCCUAAAGACUACAGUAAGGACUACAGUACCCCCUGCAACUACAAAGACUACAAAAAAGCCGACUCCAACAACUCCAAAACCACCAUGCAAGGAUGCGUCGCCAAAUUGUCCAACAUGGGCGAAAAAUGGAUUCUGCACCAACACAUUCUAUCCACCGGAGACGAGAAAGGAAUACUGUGCGAAGACGUGUAA